UGUGAAGAACGCAAUGACUUCACCGGGUUCGUGAUUCUUCGGAAGCUCGACCGCGCGGGUCGGCCGCUGAUGCACCUCAACUUUCCGACGCACGCCACCCCGGUGCAAUCGAUCGAGGAGGUCCCGACGAAAGACCAGGCAAGCCUGAACCUGCCCCUCGGAUCGGUGGGGAUUCUGAGGGCCUCUCACCACGCCUUCGAACUCUCCAAGAGCAUCCAUCCCCAGUUCCUAUUCCAUCCUCAUCGCAGCCAAGAGAAGGUGUCGCCGGGCGAGAUCGUCAAGUUGGCUAUCAAAAUCUGGGCCAUGGGGAUCGAUUUUGAUGCGGGCGAGUCAGUCAGUGUUCAGGUAAGUGAUGCGCAGAGGUCGACUGUGACAGCACUAAUGUGA